AUGGUCCGUGUGAGCGUUCUGAACGAUACCCUUAACUCGAUUUGCAAUGCUGAACGCAGCGGCAAGAGGCAGGUUCUUGUGCGCCCGGCCUCAAAGGUUACCAUCCAGUUCCUCUCUUUGAUGCAAAAGUCGGGAUACAUCAACGAGUUUGAGGUUAUCGAUAAUCAUCGCAGCGGAAAGAUCGUUAUCCAUCUCAAUGGCCGCCUCAACAAAUGCGGUGUCAUUUCACCCCGUUUCCCGGUUGGAAUGAAGAAUAUGGAGGAAUGGAUCAAUAAGCUUCUUCCGAGCCGUCAGAUUGGAAAGAUUAUAUUGACCACCUCUCAAGGUAUCAUGGACCACGAGGCUGCCCGCAAGCGCCACAUUGGUGGAAAGAUCCUUGGAUUUUUCUAUUAA